UAUGUGUGUGUGUAUAUAUAUAAAUGAUGAGAAUACUGUACAUACAUAUCUGAAAUUCUUAAAUAAAUAAAGUUUAAAUUUUAUCCAAUUAAUUUAUCCAAUAUUAUACUACUAAUCAGUAUUUAACUUAUUAGUAAUACUACUCAUAAAAAUUAAUAUGAACAUUAUUAUCAUGAUAGUUGGGUGUGGUCAAAUUUAAUUUUUUUUUUCUCAUAUCCAAAAAUCAAACAUCAAUUGAGAGGAAUUUCCCUACCACAUAAAAAAUAAAACAUCAUAGUUUAAAACAAUUUAUUAAACAGUGACAAAGUUUUUUUUCUAAAAAAAAUAAGAAAAAAAUUCUAAAAAAAACAACAGUAACUGUUUAUGAUUAUAUUCACAAGGACAGUAACUAUGAAUAUUAUUUUGAAUAAACUUUGAAAACUGGAAUUAUUUAAUUUUAUAUUAAAUUACCACAAUUUUUUUAAUUCACAUCUGUUUUUCUUCAAUAUUGAUUUCUUUUGAAAAAUUAAAACAAAACAAAAAAUAAACAGUGAACAUUGAAAAAAAUAAAAACCGUUUGAAGUUUAUUACAUACAUAAUAAGAAUCAUUUAUAUAAUUAGAAUGUAAUAUAACAAUAAAAUCAAUAAAGGAAUGAUUAUUAUUGAUUUAAACAGUUUUACAUUGUAAAUCCUUUUUUUUCAGCAUAGAAAAUUCAUGUUGACUACUUAUAUAUAUAAGUAUACACAUAUAUAAAUAUAUCAAGAAGAUAAUCUCAUAUUAUUGAAUUCAUUAAAUUCAUAUCAUUUGUGUUAUAGUAUAUGUGAAUUGAUGUUUCUUUCAAUGCUAAAUCUUGGUACAUUUAUAAUUCAUAAUCAAUGAUUACAUUAACUUAGACAAAAUGGAUCUAAUAUAUUUGAUAUAUCAACUUAUAAUGUUUUAUGCAAAUUUUUUACAACCAUUGGAAUCUCAAUACACAGAUAAAUGGACCGAAAAAAGUCUUAUCAAAGAUUUAUUAAGAGAUUAUGAAAAACGUGCGAGACCUGUAGUCGAUGGGAUGUCACCUGAAAUAACUGUUGGCAAUACUACUGUACAACAAAUCACUGUGGCAUUUGGUUUGGGUUUGAUUCAAAUUCUCCAGCUUAACGAAAAUGAACAGAUUCUCACUGUCAGUGUCAGAUCUCUUUAUAGAUGGACGGAUUAUCAUUUGGUAUGGAAUCCAGAAGAAUAUGAAAAUAUUACUCAUCUAAACAUUCCAACUGAUAAAAUAUGGCUACCAGAUAUUGCAUUGUAUAAUUACGCUGAUGAACGCUUAGAAGAACGGCGAGAAUGUGCUGUUAGAGUUGAUCACAAUGGUGUAGUCGAAUGGCAUCCAAUGGCAAUUUAUAAAAGCACAUGUCCUGUGAAGAUCAAAUAUUUUCCAUAUGAUAAGCAAGUCUGUCACCUUCGCUUUGGACCAUGGACUUUUGACAGUGCUCGAGUCAAUAUAACAUUUUACGAUGAAGGUUUCAGUAUGAAAGAUUAUGUUGAAAGUCCUGAAUGGUCAGUUUUAAAUUAUUGGCAAAAACACAGAACACAUGCUUAUCCAUGUUGCCCAGAACAAUAUUCUGAUACAUUAUUUUUUAUCAAAAUUGAACGACAAGCAGCUUAUUACAAUUAUAUAUUGAUUUUACCUUGUUUCUUACUCUCCUCAUUAACUUUAGUUCUAUUUUGGCUUCCACCUGAGACACCGGCAAAAAUGGUUCUCGGUAUGAACAUUUUUCUUGCAUUCUUCCUUCUAUUGCUUCUGUUGGAGAAUUCCAUUCCAUCGGCUUCAAGUUCAUUUCCAUUAAUAGGGAAUUAUUAUUGUAUCAACAUGACAUUGGUUACACUUUCAACAUUUUUGUGCCUUAUUGUGGUCAAUCUACAUUUUCGUGGUGAUCGACGAACUGAAGUUCCAUUCUGGUUAAGAAAGUUGGCAUUACAUCAUGGGUCCAGAAUUCUUUUGGUAAAUGUUGGUCCGCCUGGUGGUCCACCACCUCCGACCUCAGCUUCUUCCAAUAAAACAACUGAAAAACCGAUCACAAAUAUGAAUUCUGUUCAUAAUUUUAUGAAGUCACCAGAUAAUUUUCUGUGUGAUGAUUCAUUUAAUCCUAAAAUGUUUUCAGUACCAAGAAGUGAUUUUACUGAAAACUUCAGCGAUAAUGCAAAAGUGAAUCGUUUCGGAAAACCACAUGGAAAUAAAUUCUGUUCACCGGAAUUUUGUUAUGCUAAUUCUCGUCAGGCACAUAUGAGGUCACAAUUUUCAACAGGAUCGCCAAAUCAUAAAUUUCCUGGUUGCUACUACCCAGAUAACGAGGCUGAAAUGAAACACUUUUCUCAAUUUAGUAGGAGGCAAACACAAGAAACUGAACAGGCCACACCAUGUUCAUUUUGUCCAGCUUGUGCUGGACUUGCAGCGGCUGCUGUGGCAUCUGGUCGUGGAUCAAAUGAUAUUGACCCAAGUUAUCAUGCCGAAAAACAGUAUUCAAUGCAAACAACACCUAAAAAUCAUUUCCCUCAUGAUCCAACUGAUGAAUUAGCAACUGUUUGGGCAGCCGCUAUUAAUGAUUCCAAUAUUUGUAACAAACGUUUAUCAUCUCGUGCUUUAAUCGAAAAUAAUAAACAAAGUGAAGAUGAGGAAGAGACGACAGAUGAUGAAGACCAUGAACCACACUUAAUGCGUAACAAAAAUAUUGGUCCUGAUCUAGAGCAUUUUCUUUUACAAUGUAUUAAACCUGGAGCAUCUAAAAAAGCUUUAUCGGCUGCUAAUGCUAAAUGGAACAGCCCGUUACAGAAUACUCAAUUAACAUCUCCAUUAUAUCCAUUCACAUCACCUAUAUGUCAAGAUGAUUCUGAGGAUGAUGAACGUAGCAAAAUGAAUUUACCGAGAUGGAGUUCAGCCGGACAUAGUAUCGGUAAUCGUAGUCAUCGUGGUUUAAAUCAUAAUUCGGAUAAAGAAAUUAAUCAUGAUCCAGAUAAUAAUAAUUUAUGGCGUGCUAAUUCAAGUAGUUUUAUUAGUCGUAAAUUUAAAAAAUCAGCCAAUAACUCUGAUCAACGUCUUUUAAAACGUGUGCACAUGGUUACACGUGAUGUUUCUGAAAUAGUUAAAGGUAUACGUUUUAUGCAAAAACAAAAUGAGAAAAAGGAAAAAAAUAACAAAAUUAUUUCUGAAUGGAGAGCAGUCGGUAUGGUGUUAGAUCGUCUAUUCUUUAUUAUCUACCUCUGUGCUUUAGGGAUUUCCAUAUUACUUUAUUUUCCAAGAUCUGGAGAAGAUUCAGAAGAAACUAUCUAACACGGUUAAGGAAUAAGGAGGAAAGCAUUUGUUGAAAAUUUUUAUCGUUUUCAAGAACAGUUUCUCCACCUCACUGUUCCCAUCAUUAUUCUAUUCAGUAAGGAUAAGAUUUUUCAUAACUACCAAGCAGUUUGAGUACGAAAUCUGUAUAUAUGUUUGUUCUGCUGUUUAAUAAUAUUUAUAUUUACUUUCCGUCUAUAAUUUUAGUUACUUUUAUGAUUAGUAGUAGUUAAAUUAAUUAUACAUAAAACCUUCUUUUUUAAAUUUAUUACGAGAAAGAAUAUUAUUUAUAAACUAGUAAUGCAUGUUAAAUUUUCAUGUAAUCAGUACAAAACCAGAUAAAUGAUGUUCAAGUAUUUCAAAUUUCUAGAUACAUUCAGCUGUACAAAUGUUUCGUGAUCUUCCUGUCAAUAUUGAUCUACAAACACUGCCAUCUAACGCUCAAAGUAAACAUAUAUUCAGAUAACCCGAAAGUGAUUUGUUUUGUAAAACAAUAUAGUAAAGAAACUUCUAUCCACCAGAUCAUUGCUCCAAUUAUUCUUGUCAGGCAAUUAUCAGAUCAUAAACUACCUAGUUUGUAUAAUCCGGAUGAUAAACUGUCAAAAAUUUCAUACACUUAGAUAGGUAAAAUAAUGGUAGUUACAUAUUUUGUUAAUUUGGCCACUACAACUGCCAAUCUAUUAUUUAUUUGUAACCUAAAUCUAACCAAAAUAGGCCAUUUUAAAACGAUUUGUUAAAAGUACAUUGCAGUGUUGUUUCAUAUUACAUCACAACUAGAUCAUGUAAUACAAUGCGUUUACGAAAAGAAUACUUCAAAAAAAAUGUUUUUAUUUCGAUUACGAUCUUCCUUUCUAUAAUUUUACUUACGUUUCUUAGACUAUAAUUUAUUGUAUCAUAAUUGUUCUAUUGCUUAAAAUGAUUUUCUGGUUGUGUUUGUCAGUGUGAAAAGAAAGUGAGGAAAGAAAACCUUAAAAGAUAAAUGUAUUUAGAUUAAACUCAUCUUAUAUAUAUAUAUAUAUAUAUA